ACGUCAUUUCGUUACGAUUGGCUGCCCUUUCUGGCUCGCUUAAGCUCCGCCCCCUCGUUUCUAUGGCGCGCGCUCUCUCACUGCGGCCUGACCCUCCCCCUGUCCUCUCCUUCCAAUCGCUGCCGUUAACAACUCACAAAAUGGCCGACGUAUCCGCCUACACUGGCCUUUCCUUGCCUCUUAUUGGCUGACCUUCGCUGACUGACAUAUCACUCCUUUUAAAAAAACCUUGGGCGGUUCGCAAGUGUUUAACCAAUCAGCUGCGAGCUUUCUUCAACAGUUUAAAAGAUCCGCCAAUCGUGGCAGGCUUCUUAUCUCCUAAAUCCCGCCCUUCCCCUCAGAAUCCGUUGGUCCCUAAGACGCUUGGCCAAUGGGGUGACAGAAGGGCGGAGCGUGCAGUGGAGGACUAGCCGCGCGUAAAGAGGGAGGAGCUCUCUGUCAGCCAAUGAGGAGACGCGUUUUGUCCGGCUUACGCAUGGAACGUCGCAGCAGCCAAUGGGGUUUGGAGAUUGUAGAUUUGAAAGGCGAAGGCGCUCAGUCUGCGGUUGGAGCUGGAUAGAGAAGGAUGUUGCAGCAGAAGCCAGCGAAGCUUCAAAAACUUGUGUGACGUACGGACUUGUGCAUUUUUGGUUGGGCCCAAUGAAGUACCAGUACAGCAGUCUGUCAGGCCCUCAGCGGGUUCCCUAUAAAAUUAACAGUGCUGCAUCCAGCACACCUUCUGGAUCGCUUUUCAUGCAGAGGGCUGUUACGAACAGCGCGAAGGCCAGCUUGAAGACCCCCUCUGCCCCGAACCCACCUCUCGCAGGCAGGGUACCCAUGGAAUCAGAUUCAGUUGCCCCUUCAAUGGAAGAAGGCUCUGAGACAGACCGAGUGCUGACCAUUGAUGAUUUCGAAAUCGGGAAGCCUCUGGGCAAAGGGAAGUUUGGCAAUGUCUACCUGGCCCGGAUGAAAGAGAGCAAGUUCAUUGUGGCUCUCAAGGUACUCUUCAAAUCUCACAUGGAGAAGGAAGGCGUGGAACAUCAGUUGCGCCGAGAGAUUGAGAUCCAGUGUCACCUCAGUCACCCCAAUAUUCUGCGCCUCUAUAACUACUUCCAUGAUCGCAAGCGUGUGUACCUGAUCCUGGAGUAUGCGCCUCGUGGGGAGCUCUACAAAGAUCUGCAGAAGCACCAGCGCUUCGACGAGAGGAGGACUGCCACGUAUAUGGAAGAGUUGGCCGAUGCCCUCAUCUACUGUCACAGUAAGAAGGUGAUCCACCGGGACAUCAAGCCAGAGAAUUUGUUGAUGGGGCUCAAAGGGGAGCUGAAGAUUGCUGAUUUUGGCUGGUCUGUGCAUGCUCCCUCCCUCAGGAGGAAGACAAUGUGUGGAACUCUGGACUACUUGCCUCCUGAGAUGAUUGAAGGCAAAGCCCAUGAUGAGAAUGUUGACCUCUGGUGCAUCGGUAUCCUGUGCUACGAGUUAAUGGUGGGCCACCCGCCUUUUGAGAGCGCCUCCCACACGGAGACGUACCGCCGCAUCGUCUCGGUGGAUCUCAAAUUUCCACCGUUUGUGCCUGAAGGCGCCCGGGACUUGAUUUCGAAGCUGCUUCGCCAUGACCCAGCUGAGCGGCUACCCUUGAAGGCUGUGAUGGAGCACCCUUGGGUAAAAGCCAACUCCAAGCGGGUGCUACCUCCAGUUUUUCACCCACAAUGUUAAAAGCCCCCCAAGGAGCAUUUGCACACACCUGAACCAUGAACAUAUUAAAUUUUGCAGACUUGGGGCUAAAACAUGCAGGCAAUAAGUGCCAGCAGUGUGAGGGCAUGGCAUUUCAGUGACACAGCAUUUACAUGUGCCAUACCACAGAAACGCCAAAGAGUGCAGCAAAGCCAGCUUUUUAUCAGCUCAAAAAAGGAGCGGCUUUCCUUUUUGAGCUGGUUGGGGACAUGUCAUGCAGUUGCUGCGGCCUGAACCCUGCAGCGUGACACCGCUCCUUCAGGGCCAUCUGUUUCAGCCCUUGAUGCAUUUUAAAUGGGCAGAGCGGGGGAAGAAGGGUUUUCCUGCAAGACCUUUAAAUUCUUUCUCCCAGAAGUCUUCACUGGAAUAUCAAAGGAGGGAGUUCAGUUUAUUUCUGCCUGCCAGUGAAAUAUCAUAUUCAGGCCAUGAAACCUCUGGAGGGUGGUUGUUCAGGUGGCCACAGUGCCCAGAAUUGCUGCAUUGUGCCUGGUGAUGUGCUUCAUAGUGAAAACGGGUAACCAUCAACUUGGACCUCCAGACUUGGCACUAAUCUCAUAGUUUUCUUUCUUGAGUAAGCCUGUAGUUGUUCAGAUUGUUCUACAAUUUUGGUUUGUAGUAUACGCUUUUGUGUAUAUGUUUCUUUGUGGUGACUUCUGUGAUUUUAAUAAACUUUAAUAAACUUUGAUAAACACUUGAA